AUGCGACACCUGUGGCUCCUGGGGGCCUGGGGUCUCUGCGGGCUGCUUCUGUGCGCCGCACAUCGCGGCACAGAUCGCUCUAAAGCAAUCCCCAAAGUCACAGAAGUAAUGCCUAAAUAUGGUAGCAUCAACGGAGCAACGAGGCUGACCAUCAGAGGAGAAGGUUUUUCUCAAGCAAACCAGUUUAAUUAUGGAGUGGAUAAUGCUAAAUUGGGAAAUAGUGUACAAUUAGUUUCUUCUUUCCAGUCAAUUAUUUGUGACGUAGAAAAGGAUUCAAGCCAUUCAACUCAAAUUACAUGCUACACCAGACCUAUGCCUGAAGAUUCCUACACUGUUAGAGUCAGCGUGGAUGGGGUUCCAGUUGCAGAGAACAACACGUGUCAUGGGCCUGCCAAUAGAUGGGCUUGCAGCUUCAGUGCAAAACCUUUUAGAACACCAACAAUACAGAGCAUCACACCAUUGUCUGGAGCUCCAGGUACAAUAAUAACAAUCCAAGGCAGAAUCUUCACUGAUGUCUAUGGAAGUAAUAUUGCACUAAGCUCAAACGGGAGAAAUGUUAGGAUUUUGAGGGUUUAUAUUGGAGGCAUGCCCUGUGAACUGCUUGUUCCACAAUCUGAUGAUUUGUACGGUCUAAAGCUAGAUCAUCCAAACGGAGACAUGGGUUUUAUGGUUUGUAAGAUAACUGGAACUUACAUUGGUCAUCACAAUGUCAGCUUCAUCUUAGAUAGUGAUUAUGGAAGGAGUUUCCCAGAAAAAAUGGCAUAUUUUGUUUCUUCUCUACAUAAAAUUUCAAUGUUUCAGACAUAUGCAGAGGUCACGAGGAUUUCACCUUCAAAAGGAAGCGUUCAAGGAGGCACCACCUUGACAAUAAGUGGCCGGUUCUUUGAUCAGACAGAUCUCCCAGUGAGAGUGCUAGUUGGAGGUCAAGCCUGUGAUGUUUUGAAUGUAACAGAACAUACUAUUUUCUGCAAGACACCUCCCAAACCUCAGAUUCUCAAAACUGUAUAUCCAGGUGGAAGGGGCCUCAAGCUGGAGGUGUGGAAUACUAGCAGGCCAGCACGGCUUGAAGAGAUACUUGAAUACAGCGAGCACACCCUGGGCUACCUGGGCGCGAGCUGGGUGGAUUCUGCUUCUUACGUUUGGCCUGUGGAACAAGAUUCAUUUGUUGCACGCUUCAGUGGAUUUUUGGUGGCUCCAGAUUCUGACGUUUAUAGAUUUUACAUCAAAGGGGAUGAUUGCUAUGCUAUUUAUUUCAGCCAGACUGGCCAUCCAGAAGACAAGGAAAAGGUUGCGUAUCACUCAGCCAAUGCCAACAGUUAUUUUUCAAGUCCAACACAAAGAUCAGAUGACAUUCAUCUUCAGAAAGGAAAAGAAUAUUACUUUGAAAUCUUGCUGCAGGAGUAUAGAUUGAGUGCUUUUGUUGAUGUUGGACUAUACCAGUAUAGUAAUGUCUACAGUGAACAGCAAACAGGAGAUGCAAUAAAUGAAGAACAAGUUAUCAAAUCUCAGUCAACAGUCAUCCCAGAAGUACAGGUUGUAACAGUGGAAAACUGGGAAACAACUAGUGCAAUCCAGGAAGUUCAGAAGGUCACAGUUGUCAGCCCCUGUGUGGGAGUGAGUUCAUGUUCACAUUUCCAGUACCGAUUAACCUACGGCAUGGAAAAAACUGUCUGGCUGCCUGCUGAUGCUUCCGACUUCAUAGUGGAAUCAGCUCUAAAUGACCUUUGGUCUAUAAAACCAGAUACAGUCCAAGUAACAAGAACAUGGGAUCUCCAGAACAAUAUCUACAUGGUCACCUUUUUAUCAACUAGAGGAGACUUUGAUCUGCUUAGUUAUGAAGUGUUUAAUGGGCAUAACGUGACACUGGAUAUCACAGAGAAAACCAAAGGGAAACCUAACAUGGAGACAUUCACACUGAAUUGGGAUGGAAUUGCUUCUAAGCCCCUUACCCCACAGUCUUCAGAAGCUGAGUUUCAGGCAGCACUGGAAGAAAUGGUGAGCACAAGGUGUCCACCAGAAAUAGCACAUUUUGAAGAAGGAUUUCUUGUGAAAUACUUCAGAGAUUAUGAAGCUGAUUUUGAUGUGGAACAUUCUAAUAGAGGGCAGAAGACAGCUGAAACUGAUGCGUACUGUGGUCGUUAUUCCCUGAAAAACCCAGCUGUUCUUUUUGAUUCAGCAGAUGUUAAACUAAACAAACUACCAUAUGGAGACAUUUUAUUAUUUCCUUAUAAUCAGUUUUGUUUAGCCUACAAAGGAUUCCUGGCAAAUUUUAUUGGUCUAAAGUUUAAGUACCAAGACAAUGGCAAGAUUACUAGAAGUGCAAAUACACAAUUUGCAUACAACUUUGCUUAUGGAAACAAGUGGACCUACACAUGCAUAGAUCUUCUAGAUACCAUACAAACCAAAUAUUCUGGGACAAACUUUUCUCUUCAAAGGAUUAGUUUACAAAAAGCAUCUGAGUCAUGGUCCUUCUAUGUAGACGUAGUAUAUAUUGGGCAGACAUCUACAGUUUCAACACUAAAUGAAAUGCCAAGAAGACGACUUCCAGCACUAGCAAAUAAAGGAAUAUUUUUCAAGCACUUUUGGGUGAAUCGGACCAAAUUAAAUGCAUCAACUAUGGGAAUCCAGUAUUAUGUUACCAUGACUUCCUAUAACUGCAGUUACAAUAUACCCAUGUUGUCGCUGAGCUUUGGGCAGAUAAUCACAAAUGAGACAAAGAAUGAAUCUGUUUACAGAGGAAAUAAUUGGCCAGGGGAGUCAAAGAUUCGUAUUCAAAGAAUUCAAGAAUCCUCUCCACCUAUAAGUGGCAGCUUUGACAUUCACGCAUACGGACACAUUCUCAGAGGCUUCCCUGCAGAUGUGUCAGCUGCAGACUUGAAGUUUGCUCUCCAGAGCCUGGACGAGGUGGGGCAAGUGUCAGUUACCAGAGAGGGGACUUGUUCUGGAUACUCCUGGACUAUCAGUUGGAAAAGCCCGUAUGGAAGGCAGGAUCUUCUACAGGUUAAUGAUUCCAAUAUUAUUGGAGAAAAGGCUAAUAUGACAGUUACAAAGGUAAAAGAAGGAGGCUUGUUUAGACAACGCAUGCUUGGAGAUAUGCUUCGUAUACCAAGUCCACAGCCACAGGUUGAAGUGUAUGUUAAUGGAAUUCCAGCUAAAUGUUCAGGUGACUGUGGUUUCACAUGGGAUCCCAUGACUACACCCCUGGUCUUGAACACAACACCUUCUAAAGGAUCCUAUGAAGAAACCACGAUUUUAACAAUAUCAGGCUCCGGAUUUUCUCCUGCUUCAGCUGUGUUGGUCUCUGUCGGACCUGUGGGCUGCUCUCUUCUUUCUGUGGAAGAAAAUGAGAUCAAAUGCCAGAUUCUGAAUGGAAGUGCUGGACAUGUACCGGUGACCGUGUCCAUUGCUGGUGUUGGGCUCGCACAGAGUGUGGAGGAUGAGGGAUUCCACUUCACUUAUCAGAGCCAAAUCUCAUACAUCUGGCCUGAAUCUGGAAGUCUAGCAGGUGGUACUCUACUGACUCUGUCUGGAUUUGGCUUUAGUGAAAAUUCUACAGUUUUUGUUGGAAAUGGAACCUGUAAUGUGAUUGGAGCACAUUUGAAUAGGAUAACCUGCAGAACUCCAAAAAGAAUUGAGGGUACAGUUGAUGUUUCAGUCAUUACCAAUGGAAUUCAAGCCACAAAAAAGGAUGGUUUUAGUUAUAAUUGCUUACACACACCAGUUAUAACUCACUUUCAUCCAAAAUUACGGACAAUUCUAGGAGACAUUAAUUUAACAAUUAAGGGUUAUAACUUUGGAAACGAAUUCACACAAAACAUGGUGUAUGUUGGAGGAAAACCAUGCCAGGUUCUUCACUGGAACUUCACAGACAUUAAGUGCCUCUUGCCCCCAUUGUCUCCUGGAAAACAUGUUAUCUAUGUUGAAGUGAGAAACUGGGGAUUUGCAUCAACAAGAAACAAAUUAAAUGCUUAUAUUCAGUACAUUCUGGAAGUGACCCACAUGUUUCCACUGAGAGGUUCUUUGUAUGGUGGGACUGAAAUCACUCUGCUGGGUUUGGGGUUUAGCCCAAUACCAAGUGAAAAUGCUGUCUCCUUAGGUUCCUUCCCAUGCAAUGUUACGUCAUCAUCAGAAACUGAAAUAAAAUGUACUCUUCAUUCAACAGGGAAUGUGUUCAGAAUUACCAACAAUGGGGAAGAUUUAGAACAUGGAGUAGGCUAUGCCUGGUCACCGCCAGUGUUAAAUGUGUCUGUGGGAGACACUGUGAUAUGGAACUGGCAAGCACACCCUUUCCUCAGGGGGAUAGGAUACAGAGUGUUCUCAGUCUCCAGUCCUGGAAGUGUUAUCUACGAUGACAAAGGAUUUACAAAUGGAAGGCAAAAAUCUGUAUCAGGUUCAUUUUCUUACCAGUUUACUUCCCCUGGAAUCCAUUACUACAGCAGCGGUUAUGUUGAUGAGGCUCACUCCAUCUCCCUCCAAGGAAUCAUCAAUGUCUCACCAGCUGAAACCAGGCACAUCCCCCUGCAGCUGUUUGUGGGAAACACGGAAGCAACAUAUGCACAGGGCAGUUAUCCAGGACCUGAGAAUUUGCACUUGGGAAGCACCAUGGCAGGCUGCCUAGCAACCAAACCCCUGUGUGGCCUGAACAAUACCAGGGUUAACAAUUCAAAUAGAUUGCUCUUUGAACUUUCAAGUUGUGUUUCACCAUCUAUCAGCAACAUUACUCCCUCCACUGGAACAGUGAAUGAAAUAAUAACAAUUACUGGGCAUGGCUUUAGUAACCUUACAUGUGCCAAUAAGGUAACAAUUGGUAGCUACCCCUGUGUUGUAGAAGAAAGCAGUGACACUUCCAUUAUGUGUCGUAUUGACCCUCAAAACUCAAUGGAUGUUGGCAUCAGAGAAAUUGUCACUCUAAUAGUCUACAAUUUGGGCAUUGCUAUCAACACACUAUCCCAUGAAUUUGACAGGCGAUUUGUCCUUUUGCCAAAUAUAGACACAGUAUUGCCGAAUGCAGGGUCAACUACAGGAAUGGCAAGAGUGACUAUACAAGGCUCUGGAUUUGUGCUUUCUUCAGCAGGUGUAGACAUCCUCUUGGGUGAUUACCCAUGUAAAGUUCUAACUGUGAACUAUACAGCCAUUGAAUGUGAAACAUCCCCUGCUCCCCAACAGCGUGUACAUGUCUAUCUGCGAAUCCAUGGAGUACCUGCCCAGUGUAAGGGUGACUGCAGCUUCACAUACUUAGAAAGCAUCACUCCUUAUGUAACAAGAAUCUUCCCAAACUCUAUUAAUGGAUCAGUAAAAGUUCUUAUUGAAGGAGAAGGCUUUGGGACUACGCUGGAGGAGAUUUCUGUAUUCAUUGGAAGUCAACAGUUCAGAGCAAUAAGUGUUAAUGAAAAUAACAUCAGUGCUUUUGUGACUCCUCUACCAGCUGGACUUCAUUCUCUCAGGGUUGUGGUGGGGAACAAAGGUUUGGCUCUGGGAAACCUGACUCUCGGCAGCCCUGCAGCAGCGUCUGUCUCUCCAACAUCUGGAAGCAUUGCUGGUGGGACCACUUUGGUGAUCACAGGCAAUGGCUUCCACCCUGGCAAUACCUCAGUCACGGUGGGGGAUGGCUCUUGUCAAAUUAUGUUCAUCAGCACCAGUGAGGUCCACUGCAGCACCCCUGCUGGGCGAUCUGGAGAAGCCGAUCUGGAAAUUCUUGUUAAUGCAAUCACUUACCCACUUUUGUCUUUCACAUAUGCUCUGGAGGAUACGCCAUUUCUCAAAGGAAUCGCCCCAAAUAAAGGUCCACCAGGAACUGAAGUGGAGAUAAUUGGGUCUAACCUUGGCAGUGACAUUGCAGGAAUUGCUGUGAUGAUAAGUGACACUCCAUGCAAUGUGACCAUGGUCAAUGAAAGUGUGCUGCAAUGCACUGUGGGAGAACAUGCUGGGGGUAUUUUUCCUGUAACGAUGCUUCAUAAAACAAAAGGCUCUGCCCUGUCCACUGUUGUGUUUGAGUACCCACUUCAUAUUCAUAAUAUUCACCCAAGAGAAGGGAGCUUUGGUGGUGGGCAAACCAUGACUGUGACCGGCACCGGUUUUAGUCCACAAAAUUCAGCUCUGUUGGUAUGUGGCUCAGAGUGUGCAAUUGACAGGCUUCAGUCUAACUCCACGACACUGUUCUGUGAGAUUCCACACAGUAGUGGUGAAGGACCUGAGAAAGCCUGUGAAGUGAGUGUGGCCAAUGGGAAAGACUCCUCACAGUCCACGGCUCUGUUUACAUACACCAUGUCCCUAACUCCAGUCAUCACAGAAAUCUCUCCCAAGAGAGGCAGUACCUCAGGGGGCACAAGACUGACAGUCACAGGAACAGGACUCAGUGAAAAUAUGAAGGAUGUUCGUGUCACCAUAGCUGAAGAUAAAUGUGAUGUUCAGUACUGCAACAAGACACAUAUCAUCUGCAUGACAAGCGCCCAUACUCCUUCAGGGUGGGCUCCAGUUCGUGUCAGCAUCAGAAACAUGGGCAUGGCCAAACUGGAGAAUGCCGACUUCUUAUAUGUUGAUGCUUGGUCCUCUAACUUCUCAUGGGGAGGAAAAUCUCCACCAGAGGAAGGAGCUCUUGCUGUUAUUACAAAAGGACAGAUUGUUUUACUGGACCAAAGUACCCCUGUUCUGAAAAUGUUACUUAUUCAGGGUGGAACUCUCAUAUUUGAUGAAGCUGAUAUUGAACUCCAGGCAGAAAACAUUCUAAUCACAGAUGGAGGAAUUCUUCAGAUUGGAACAGAAGCAUCCCCAUUUCAACACAAGGCCAUCAUUACUUUACAUGGACAUCUGCGAUCUCCUGAGCUCCCCAUAUAUGGCGCCAAAACUCUGGCUGUGCGUGAGGGCACGCUGGAUCUGCAUGGUCUGCCUGUUCCUGUGGUCUGGACUCGCUUGGCUCACACUGCAAAUGCUGGGGAACAGAUUUUGAUUGUGCAGGAUGCGGUGACCUGGAAAGCAGGGGACAGCAUUAUCAUUGCAAGCACAGGCCACAGACAUAGUCAACAAGAGAAUGAGAAAAGGACCAUUGCAUCUGUGUCUGCUGAUGGUAUAAACAUCACACUAACCAGCCCACUGAAUUACACACACUUGGGAAUCUCUGUCAUACUUCCUGAUGAGACUGUGUUUGAAGCGAGGGCAGAAGUUGGAAUUCUUACAAGAAAUAUCUUAAUAAGAGGAUCUGAUAAUGUGCAGUGGAAUAACAAAAUCCCAGCAUGCCCUGAUGGAUUUGAUACAGGUGAGUUUGCUACACAGACCUGUCUUCAAGGAAAAUUUGGAGAAGAAAUGGGAAGUGACCAGUUUGGGGGCUGCAUUAUGUUUCAUGCUCCUGUGCCUGGGACAAACAUGGUAACUGGAAGGAUCGAAUACACAGAGGUGUUCCAUGCUGGCCAAGCUUUCCGUUUGGGACGAUAUCCAAUACAUUGGCACCUACUCGGAGAUCUACAGUUCAAAUCUUAUGUAAGAGGCUGUGCAAUUCAUCAAACUUACAACAGAGCUGUUACUAUCCAUAACACACACCAUCUUCUAGUGGAGAGGAAUAUUAUCUAUGAUAUCAAGGGGGGAGCAUUUUUUAUAGAAGAUGGAAUUGAACAUGGCAAUGUUCUGCAAUAUAACUUAGCAGUCUUUGUGCAACAGAGUACUGGUCUGCUGAAUGAUGAUGUGACCCCAGCUGCAUUUUGGGUAACCAAUCCUAACAAUACCAUACGACACAAUGCAGCUGCUGGUGGUACUCACUUUGGCUUUUGGUACAGAAUGAAUGACCACCCUGAUGGACCAUCCUAUGACCGAAACAUCUGCCAGAAAAGAAUUCCUCUUGGAGAAUUCUUUAACAAUACUGUCCAUUCUCAAGGAUGGUUUGGAGUAUGGAUUUUUGAAGAAUAUUUCCCAGUGAAAAGAGGAUCUUGUACUUCUACGGAGCCAGUCCCUGCAGUCUUCCAUUCACUUACUGUCUGGAAUUGUCAAAAGGGAGCUGAAUGGGUCAAUGGAGGGGCCCUGCAGUUCCACAACUUUGUGAUGGUGAAUAACUAUGAGGCUGGAAUUGAGGCCAAGAGGAUCUUGGCUCCUUAUGUUGGAGGAUGGGGGGAAGCCAAUGGAGCAAUGAUUAAAAAUGCUAAAAUUGUUGGUCAUCUUGAUGAACUAGGGAUGGGAUCUGCAUUUUGCACAUCAAAAGGCCUGGUUCUCCCAUUCAGUCAAGGUCUGACCAUAUCAUCUGUACGCUUUAUGAAUUUUGACCGUCAUGGCUGUGUGGCUUUGGGAGUAACAUCUAUCACUGGAGUUUGUAACGACAGAUGUGGAGGCUGGAGUGCAAAAUUUGUUGACAUCCAGUAUUUCCACACUCCAAAUAAGGCUGGCUUUCGAUGGGAACAUGAAGUGGUACUAAUUGAUAUUGAUGGCUCACUUACAGGGCAUAAAGCACACACUGUCGUCCCACACAGCUCACUCCUCGACCCUUCCCAUUGCACUCAGCAGGCUGAGUGGAGCAUCGGAUUUCCUGGAUCUGUCUGUGAUGCCUCAGUCAGCUUUCACCGGUUAGCAUUCAACAAACCUUCCCCAGUAUCUCUACUUGAAAAAGAUGUGGUUCUCUCCGACUCUUUUGGUACCAGUGUUGUUCCCUUUCAGAAGAAACGACUGACACAUAAGUCUGGAUGGAUGGCUCUGAUUCCGAAUGCAAACCACAUCAACUGGUAUUUUAAAGAUGCAGAUCACUUAACCAACAUAUCAUAUACCUCAACAUUCUAUGGAUUUAAGGAAGAAGACUAUGUAAUUAUAUCACAUAACUUCACUAAGAAUCCUGACAUGUUUAAUGUUAUUGAUAUGAGGAACGGUUCUUCAAAUCCCUUGAACUGGAAUACUAGCAAGAAUGGAGACUGGCAUCUUGAAGCCAACACUAGUACCCUCUAUUACCUGGUGUCAGGAAGAAGUGACCUUCAUCAAAGCCAGCCCACUUCUGGGGUCCUGGAUCCUGAUGUGAAAGAUGUUGUCAUUAAUUUCCAAGCUUACUGCUGUAUUCUUCAAGACUGCUUUCCUGUACAUCCGCCAUCAAGAAAACCAGUCCCCCAGAAGCGACCAGCCACUUACAAUUUAUGGUCAAAUGAUUCUUUUUGGCAAUCAUCUCGAGAAAACAACUAUACUGUGCCCUACCCAGGAGCCAAUGUGGUCAUUCCUGAAGGAGCAUGGAUUGUAGCUGACACAGACAUGCCACCAAUGGAAAGGCUCAUUAUUUGGGGAGUACUAGAACUGGAAGAUAAAUCCAGUGUGGGAGCUUCAGGGCCUUCUUACAGAAAAGUUGUUUUAAAUGCUACCUACAUAUCAAUACAGGGAGGUAGAUUAAUUGGAGGCUGGGAAGAUAACCCUUUUAAAGGAGAAUUACAGAUUGUUCUUACAGGAAACCAUUCUACCCCAGAAUGGGCUCUUCCAGAAGGACCAAAUCAAGGGGCAAAGGUCAUAGGGGUGUUUGGAGAGCUGGAUCUUCAUGGACUUCCACGUUCAAUAUAUAAAACAAAGCUUUCAGAAACCACAGAGGCAGGCUCCAAGGUCUUGUCCCUGAGGGACCCUGUGGACUGGCAGGAGGGAGAAGAGAUUGUGAUUACUACCACAAGCUAUGAUUUAUACCAGACAGAGACUAGAAGAAUUGUUAAAAUCUUGCAUGGUCACAAAAUUCUCAUUCUUAAUGACAGCCUUUCCUACACUCACUUUGCUGAAAGGCAACUGGUCCCUGGAACAGGUCAGAGCUACACAUUAGCAGCUGAUGUUGGGAUACUGAGUCGAAACAUCAAAAUAGUUGGUGACGAUUACCCAGGUUGGUCCAAAGAAUCUUUUGGUGCUCGUAUCCUAGUUGGCUCAUUCACUGGAAAUAUGAUGACAUUUAAAGGAAAUGCAAGAAUAAGUAAUGUGGAAUUUUAUCACAGUGGUCAGGAAGGCUUCAGGGACAGCACAGAUCCAAGAUACUCUAUAACAUUUCUUAACCUAGGACAGGUUCAAGAGCAUGGCUCGUGUUACGUUCGAGGCUGUGCUUUUCACCACGGAUUCUCCCCAGCAGUUGGUGUGUUUGGGACAGAUGGACUGGACAUAGAUGACAACAUCAUUCACUUUACAGUAGGAGAAGGCAUAAGAAUAUGGGGGAAUGCCAAUAGAGUCCGGGGAAAUUUGGUUACACUGUCAGUUUGGCCAGGAACUUACCAGAACAGAAAAGACUUAAGUUCAACACUCUGGCAUGCAGCAAUUGAGAUAAACAGAGGAACCAAUACAGUCUUACAAAAUAAUAUAGCUGCUGGAUUUGGAAGAGCAGGAUACCGCAUUGAUGGUGAACCUUGCUCAAGUCAGUCAACUCCGGUGGAAAGCUGGUUUGACAAUGAAGCCCAUGGAGGGUUAUAUGGCAUCUACAUGAACCAAGAUGGCCUUCCUGGAUGUUCUCUUAUACAAGGAUUUACCAUUUGGACAUGCUGGGAUUAUGGAAUCUAUUUUCAGACCACAGAGAGUGUGCACAUCUAUAAUGUGACCCUAGUGAACAACGGGAUGGCCAUUUUUCCCAUGAUCUACAUGCCAUCUGCUGUAUCGCACAAAACGUCCACUAAGACAGUGACGAUUAAGAGCUCAUUAAUUGUUGGAAGUAGCCCUGAAUUUAAUUGUUCUGAUGUCCUGCCUAAUGAUGAUCCUAAUGUUGAGGUCACUGCUGCACAUCGAAGUUCUAGACCUCUACCAGGUGGGAGAAGUGGAAUUUGUUGGCCAACUUUUGCUUCAGCUCAUAACAUGGCACCCCGUAAACCCCAUGCAGGGAUCAUGAGUUACAAUGCUAUCAGUGGCCUUUUGGAUGUCUCAGGUUCAACAUUUGUUGGCUUUAAGAAUGUUUGUUCCAGGGAAAUUAAUGUGAUAUUCAUUACUAAUCCUUUAAAUGAGGAUUUACAGCAUCCAAUCCAUGUGAAAAAUGUGCAACUUAUUGACACUAUUGAACAAUCCAAAAUAUUUAUACACAGGCCUGAUAUAAGUAAAGUGAACCCCUCAGACUGUGUGGACAUGGUGUGUGAUGCCAAAAGGAAGUCUUUUUUGAGAGACAUGGAUGGGUCCUUUCUGGGGAACUCUGGUUCAGUGAUUCCUCAAGCAGAGUAUGAGUGGGAUGGAAACAGCCAGCUAGGAAUUGGAGACUACAGAAUUCCUAAGGUGAUGCUCACGUUCUUGAAUGGAAGUAGAAUUCCCAUCACUGAAAAAGCACCUUAUAAAGGGAUUAUCAGAGAUUCAACCUGUAAAUACAUUCCAGAGUGGCAGGGCUAUCACUGCUCUGGCAUGGAGUAUGCUAUGAUGGUUAUUGAAAGCCUGGAUUCUGACACAGAAACCCGAAGGUUGUCACCAGUGGCUAUUGUGAGCAAUGGUUACGUUGAUCUCAUUAAUGGCCCCCAGGACCAUGGAUGGUGUGCUGGGUACACAUGCCAGAGAAGAUUGUCCCUGUUUCAUAGCAUUGUGGCUCUGAACGAGUCUUAUGAGGUGUACUUCACUGGUACCAGUCCUCAGAAUCUUCGACUGAUGUUGCUUAACAUUGACCAUGACAAGGCUGUUCUAGUAGGGAUUUUCUUUUCCACACUUCAGCGUUUGGAUGUCUAUGUGAACAAUUCAUUGGUCUGUCCCAAGAACACAGCAUGGAAUGCCCAAAAGAAAUACUGUGAAGUUAAUAGGCAUCUACACACAGAGCAAUUCUUUCCUGCCCUGAGCUCCACCAUACCGGGUGAAAACUACUUUGAUAGGACAUACCAGAUGCUUCAUCUUGUGGUCAAAGGAACUACGCCUGUGGAGGUCCACACUGCCGCGGUCAUAUUUGUGUCUUUCCAACUACCUGCUGUAGGUGAAGAUGAGUUUUAUAGCUCACAUAACCUGGUUAGAAAUCUUGCCUUGUUCCUAAAAAUACCAAGUGACAAAAUUCGCCUCAGCCGAAUGACAGGAGGAGAGAGUUUCCGGGGGAAGAGAUCCACAGACCGUGCAAUCGAAUUAGAGGUUGGAGACCCUCCUGCUCUGUUCUUCAGCAACAGCCCCACAGGUCAGAUGCAAUUGUCUGAGCUCCAGGAAGUUGCUGACUCUCUUGGACAAGCUGUAAUUUUAGGAAAAAUCAGUAGUGUCCUUGGAUUUAAUAUUUCUUCCAUGUCUAUUAUCAGUCCUAUCCCUCAACCAACUGAUUCUGGCUGGAUUAAGGUGACGGCCCAGCCAGUGGAAAGGUCUGCAUUUCCUGUUCAUCAUGUGGCCUUUGUAUCCUCCCUCUCAGUGAGUGUUCAGCCUGUGGCAGGACAGCCAGGACAGCCAUUCUCCCAGCAGCCUUCCGUGAAGGCCUUAGACUCAGAUGGUAAUUGUGUGUCAGUUGGGAUAACAUCACUUACUUUGAAGGCCACGCUAAAGGACUCCAGUAAUAACCAAGUCAGUGGCCUCAGUGGAAACACAACAAUUCCUUUUAACAGUUGCUGGGCAAACUAUACAGACCUCACUCCUCUUAGAACAGGAAAAAAUUACAAAAUUGAAUUUUUCCUGGAUAAUGGUAUUCGAGUAGAAUCCAGAACGUUCAGCCUGUCGGCACCGUCCGUCUCUGCAGGAGGAGGCAGUAGUGCUAGCAGUGGCGGCGGCGGCGGCAGCAGCCACAACCGGGCACCGACUGCGGCCGUGUCUGUCCAGAUAAUGACUGCAGUAAUUGGCUGUAUGGUGGGAAGAACGUUGCUCUUUGAAAUAUUCAUGGCUAUAGAUUUAAUUUUGGACACAACUAUAUGAAGGAAUUGAUGUGCUCUUCCAGAGAACAGACCUAAACAAAGACAGAACUGAACAGUAACUGGCUAUUUUGCUGCAUGACAAGAGA